CGCGGUUUUUUUUUUCUUCUUCCGGGUUACAAAUAUUUGUAUUUAGAAAGAUUUUAUCGUGUUUAUUUCCACAAUAUUAUGAAUUUCAUUCACUAUUUUAUGAGCGGCUUUUCGUGUCAGAAUCAUCGUCAUCGAUCAUCAAUGUAAGAUAUUUCCAUCGUCGGAAUCAUCGUCACCAUAGUCCCACCAUCAGUUGUUUGUUUAACAUCCCGUUGAGAAUUGUUCACUCAUAUUGAGACGUCGCCAAUUGUAGAUGAAGUAACACAAAUUCAAACCUGUGCUUCGCGCUUACGGCCGUACAUGUAGAACUGAAUGUGUCAAAACCUGCCGCGACACGAAACCACUGUUUUUAAUGUCAUAUCCGAAAGACCCAUGAUUCUCACUUCUAUAUGCCGAGCGUUUGACGAAGGAGCAAUCAUUAAACUGAUGAACGGGCGGGACUCGAACUCACGACCUCCCAAUGUCGGAAUCAUGGACACAGUGGCAUCAUUGCAAUGGGAUAGCGGCCUGCAUGGUGGAAGGCAGGGUUCUAUUGAAACUGGAAAUAUGAAAACAUUUACCGUCUCACUUACAAACAUAAAUGACGUCACAGAUCAUUGUAUGUCACACGUAAACGCGUACAUUCAAAUAUAUCGAUUAAUAUACUAGUAUAUGUUUACUAGCAGUUCUGAGUGUGCAGCGGAUAUAUAUAUAUAUAUAUAUAUAUAUAUAUAUAUAUAUAUAUAUAUAUAUAUAUAUCAUGUACGUUUAUUUGAACAUAGGGUUUUCUUUGAGUCCGCUUUCUGUAAGAUUGGGAUGGGUAGGUUUGUUAGUUAUGUAUAUAUCGCUACAUGUAUAUAGUGCAUAUUUUGUGCUUAUUUCCCUAGCGUGUCGGAUAAGUUUUAAAAAAAAAACCCACUUUAAAGAAGCAGCAAAAACCGCCUCUUUACUGAAGAGUAUAAUGAAAUACUUUUUUCUCAUUAUGACAUAAUGCUCUUUACGUAAUAUAUGUGUAUACCGGGGGUAAUGGAUUGGUAAUGGAUAUUUUGUGUGUGUGUGCUUGCGCCGCAGCGGACAGCUCAAACGGUCAUGACAUGAUUGAUAACUCUAGUAAUCAAAUUCCAUGAGAACUAGUAAUGAAGAAUUGUUUUGGUAAAUGAAUUGUACACAUUCUAGUGUGAUCUCGUGUACCUCUCGCAUCCCUCGCUGCUUGAGUAAGAUACUUAUGGGCCUUGCUUUACGCAUCCUCAGUGUCAAGAUUCUGUGCUUACGUAGCGGAAGUUACGUAAUCAUAAAAGUGUGGGAUUUUUUUUGGUGUGAAUUCGGUAGUCCUUGUAUUAGUGGUGUCUUUAAAUUUAAUUUCUUUAAAACAGAAAGUAGAUACCAUACAGUGUUUAAGAGAAAUAAACCUGUUGACGUUAAAUUGUGCUUCUAAACCGGGCAGCGGACCUUACGUUAGUUUCACUUUCACGUUAGGUUUGGCAUGCGCAUUUUGUUUUGACAUGUUAGGAGUCGAUGAUAUAAGCAUUAUCACUCAGUAUAGAGUGUCUCAAUGUUGCAGGCUAAAACUCAAUAAUUAAUAAGCGAAUUUCCAUUUCCCCGGCAAAAAUCGUAUAUCAACUCUUUCUAUGCCCGGCAGUUUAAACAAAUUGAAUAUAAAGUAAUCCCGAGAGAAACUCGGAUUCUUCUCAAUAUGUGAUGCUUCACAAAAGAGUAGCAUCGCGUUUUACAUAUCAAUAUUUCUCAAAAAGCUUCCGAGAGCAUUAGCUUAGCUGUUUGUGUCUCAAAUACUAUAUUACUUUAGCAAUCUAGGUAGAAGUCAACGGAUUUUUCAUUUUCAUUAGAUAUUGAUAAUGACCCCUGUCCGCCUCUCAUUGUACGUGAUGAUGAAUUAGUACUUUGAAAAAGUAUAAAGCAAGACUAUCUCAUGAACAUCACUCGGAAAAGAACCAAACAACCUUGUAGGCGGAUCCAUAGGAACACGGGGCCAUGCUUGUAUCAAUCCUAUCAGGGAAGAUUACACACAUUUCAUUUACAUGUACUUUCUGUACUUUACACUUGUGGUCAAGAACCUCCAUUUGGCUUUAGGAUAUUGUAUACUUUUAAGACCUUUUUAAGCUCCAGAUUUGUUGACUAUUGACGUGUGGAUGGUAGGGUUUUCUUUUGAAGAUGAGAUAGAUGAAAGUUAAAAAGAACGUUUAUACAAUGUCAAUCCGCAAAAUAUACUAAAUUUCUACAUGUAGGAAUGGUGGGGCUAACCAAACUAUGCCCAGUAUGUUUAGUUUCAAUUAAAUAUUUACUCACUGGUCACCUUGGAAACGGACGACGGAGGUACAUGUAUGUUCUAAAAUCGAUCUUGCUUGAUUUUUUCGGUUUCGUUCAAAACCAAGAAGCCUCGGUGCAUUCUAGAUAUCAAAUUAACUGGAAAAGAAAUUUAAUAAAGAUAUCAUAGAAACACAAUAUUGUUGAUAAUGUAUGAUAUGAAAGGCCAUUAUUUGUUUACAAAAUAUUUACGUUUUCCAACUGGCUGAAAAAUAUCGAUAUCGUGUUGAUAUCAAAAACAAAAUGCAAUGAUUACCUUCUUGAUAAUCGAGUCUUGUUGAUCAAGUCGACGAAUCUUUUUAUGGAAAAUUAAGCAAUUUAUAGCCACCCCAUUCUCUCUGUACACGGCUCCAACACGGGGGAAUGUUAUCAGUGUUUGAAUACAGUUCAGAUAGGUCGGUUUAUGCUGCGUCACCACUGAACGUGAGGACAAGAAACUUUUAUUUUUCAUCUUUGUUAAAACCCUUUUAGCGCCGUCUGGUAUAGACAAUGACUUGAUAAACUGCCUUGUGUGUGUUUAAAUCUUUAAAUCGCGGGAUAGUUUGGUGAUGUGUAUAGGGCUAUAUCUGGAAAUAUUUUGUGUACUUCUCUGUGUCUUCAAUAUCGGCAGAUAGGUGUGAAGAGGACGAAUUUGGCGGUUUUAAUUAGGCUAAUUAUCGCACUGGAAAAGAUGUCCAGUCCUUAGCAUAGACGGCCGAUAUUUACUCUCUUCUUAAAAAGAAACUUCGUGAGUAUACAAAUUGUGCAUUGGAGCGUCGACAACUCAAAUACCAGAUUUCUUAAGCAAACAAAUACACUUAAAGUUGUUUAUUUAAAAAUAUUAAGGAAUCUCAGCUAGAGGCACAGAUUUGAUUGGAAAUUCAGAAACAAUCAAGACGAUAAUCCCUGGCCUGUUAGUGUUUUUGUGUGUGACUUUUCCUAAUUACAGAGGCUUUAUACGGGUUCAGUCCUGCCCAGCAAAAGUCAAAUAUUACAUGUAGACGUACACCUCUCAUUUUCAGCGACAAUAGAAUCGGUCUGCUAGAUUGCAUUUUAUCCAGACGGCGGCAUCAAUCCAAUUUUCUUCUUUCUCCGCGAUCAAUGGACUAUUGUCGUGUUAAUUCGUCCCGCAAAUCAUGGAAGCACUUUUCCUGAUAUUAUUAUUUUGCACACAAAUAGAGCGAUGCUGCCAUUUUUUAUGUGGACUUGAACAAAUUUGAGAACAUUGGAUGGCGACUAACGUGUGGGAACAUAAAUUGAGGGUCUAAUUUUUAUUGCACUGGGGUGCGUAAUGAGAUUAGAUCCGCCACAUGCAAAUACAAAUUGUAUGAUAUAAUCGACGUUUGUGGCAGUCGAACGGGGAGCAAUUUGAGAAUUAAUAUUUUAUGACAUCGGUGAGACAUUAUGAAAUGAUGCUUGAAGCUUGACAAAUGCUUCUCACGGGACUGGAUGAAUUUUUGGACCAGUGAAUUCAGAUGAAAUCUUUCACACAAGGAUUAAAAAAUAAGAGCCCUUUCCUCUUUGAUUUGCGGCCCUAGGACGGUAGAGGUUGUCAACGUUUCUGUGACACUAAUUAACUUCUGAUAGUGAACUCCAACAAAAAUGUUUUUAAUUGAAAAUCUAGAUGGAUUUAACGAGGUUGCGAUAUUUGCGAAAACAGAAUAGCGCUCCGUGUUUACGAAGGAGGGCAAAAUCUUGGGAUGAGAGAGAUGAGGCGGAUCCAAUGAUAAACAGGCGUGGAUCACAAGACGACGGUCUGAACGGCGAUUCCGUCCGAAGGUUAUACGGGAGGCUGUUUUAUCCUCGAGUCAGGACAAUAUCUGAAUCAGCUUUAGAGGAAGAGAGAGAUGAACAGAGGGAGUGUGGAAAGAGAGAAACAGAUGUCAAGAACGAACAGACGACAGACCAAGACAAACCGCCUCCAGUUCCUCCUCGAAGGUCAAGGUCAAAUAAAAAAUUUCUUAGCAACAGUUGGUCCCAUAAUGCGCAACGAGAAUGGAAAGGAAAUCCGGAAAAUUGCGAAGGUGUUCCGAACACGAGUGUGGGGCAAACCCGAACGGAGUGGGGCUCCCCUCAGUUUACACGGGUUUCUAAUCCCGAUGAGAGUUUGGUUACCGAUACGCACGAACAAUGUAAUCUUGACCUUGCCAUUGGUCAACUUCAGGUCAAUGUGACAGACACUAGUCCACGUGUGAAACCCCGCCUUAUGACCUCGAGGUCAUCGAGUUCACUAAUCAACCCGAGAGACUGUGCUACCGAGAACUUUCACGAGUUUCGAAGACGGCUGUCUGCCAAGACUGACGUUAUAAAUAGAGGGGACUUUUAUUCCGGACUAACAUCAACGAAUUCUGAUAAAAAUUUAAAUUCAAUUCCAAAUACCUCAGAUUUGCCAGAUCUCCGACGGUCCCCGAACUCUUGGCCUCGUCUUCUAAUGAACCCAGUGGAAAGUACAGAAGCCGAUGAAAUUUGCGAUCAUGUGAAUUCCUUGGACGCUGCAAAAAAUGACAAAAGUGUGGCGAGAUCCAAAAGUUUGAAUGACACAGUGUCACGAGAACAAAGUCAGAUUCGCGGCUACAGACCGCAUUCAUUUAACGGACUACGUGAUAGAGGACUGUUGACAGAUACAGGCACUAUUGAUUCUGCUCCAGCGCGGAUGGAUACCUCGACAGUAAUGAGACCUCCGAAAUUUGAGAAAAGAUUUUACAAAACCUUGAACAGUGCUGUUGAUAUUUCGCGCGAAAACAAUUUGCAGACGGAUUCCGAGUUGCGCGCGGUGUAUGGCGGGAUGCUGGACUUUGAGACCGGCUCUGUCAACAUUCUACCAUCUCCUCGUGUGUCACCCGACAUAUUCCAUGACAUUCCAGGAUUUGCCGUGACGUCAGAAUCGGAUGAUAACUCGGAUCUAGGCGAUUCCCUGACCAGUGGUCCCCUGUUACACUUACAGAAAGGACAACAAUUCCUCGCCGUGCCCAGAAAAUCACACAGAGGGAGAAUGCGGCAUACUUCAGCAAGUGCGAGCUGUUCCGAGGAGAGUGAUAAUGAACCCUCCCCGCCAUUAUCACGUAGAGGUCGAAGGGCGGCGAUCGUGGAUACAAAGAAUGUUGGCGAUGUAUCUCCGACAAAUCUCUCACCAGAAGGUUCCCCGUCGAAUUCGUGUGAUGAAGGCGAACCGCGCAGCUUUAACGGUCGACCUGCUCGUCAUCGUUCUUCGUUGGAGACAGAUAUGUACACACAUCCGGGUGAUUUAUUAGUCACAGAUCAUCACCGGAAGUUACUUAAAAGAAACACCAUCUCCGAAUUUCCUCCCAACCGCAGUUACUCCGCACUUACCACUCAAAAUGAUGAUUCGAAAAAAGGGCGUCAAUCUUCGUUUUCUCUCCUCAAACUUAUGCGCUCUCGGAGUAAAGAGGCUGUUGCGAAGCUUGAAGACGUUCUGACCAAUAUGAAGCCCAGCGAGUUUAAGGACAACCACCUCCUGGCCUAUAAAACAUUGCAUUGGUCUGAGCUGAUAGCUAACACCGAUACACACAGCGACAAGACAAGCGAACCGCCACUCUUAACGGAUGUGGAGAGGAAGCGCCGCGAGGCAGUGUGGGAAUUAUUCCAAAGCGAAUGUGUGUUCCUGGUGAACCAUUUGAUGGUCCUUAAGCACUGUUUUAUGGAGCCGCUAAAAAAGUGUCAGGUGGAAGGGCAUUUAAUGUACGCCGAGCCCGAAGAUUUGUUUGGUAACCUGGAUGAAUUGUGCUAUGUUAGUUAUACAUUUUGUAAAGACUUCAUUGCAACUUUGGUCAAGGCUAUGAGUUCUACAGAAUUCGGUAGUACCACUGCCCUCCUAAAGGCCUUUGAUAGGUUCUCUUCACAUUCCAAAGAUGGUGACGUUUACCACACAUAUUGCUUGAAUUACACGAAUGCCUUGACGUAUUUGGAACGUUUGCGGAGAAACGACGACUUCAACGAAUUUGAGAAGGCAUGUUGUCAAGAUCCACGGUGCCAGCGAUUGAAACUGACAGAUCUUCUGGUGGCGCCAUUACAGCAUUGUACGAAACUACCUCUGUUGCUUAGCAAUAUUCGGAAAUAUACAGGCGCGGAGGAUGAAGUGGAGAAAUUAACAGAGUCUAUAGCAAGAGUGGAAACGUCACUGCAAAAGAUGGAGGACAAGAUGAAAUGGGCGAAAAAUUACGAGAGAGUUCAGGAAAUCGCCCGGCAGUUGUCAUGGCCGCCGGUCACUGACCUGGAUCCGAGAGUAUUCAUUCCAGAGUACCUAAGGUCUACGUUAUCAAAACAACCUUGUGAACGCCUCCUGGCGGCUUGUGUAGACCGACAGCUUCUUCGUGAAGGGCAGCUAGCUUUAAUAGAAUCUACGAAGAUGAUUGACGUGUACCUAUUUUUGUUUGAUGAUAUUUUAUUACUUACUCGGCUGAAAAAGUCUGCCAAAAAAAAACAGCAGGCAUCUGGGGGUGAUUCCAAGGCCCCGAGCUCAGGGGAUAAAUGUCUUUACACGGUGUACAAACAACCCAUUUCCCUGGAUCGGAUCUGUGUACACGACAUCCCACCAACAGAGGUCGUGGCCAACGGGAUCAAAUCAGCUUUUGUUCUAGUCCAAAUUAGCCGAUAUCAACAGAUUAUAGGAGUUUUCACUCUUCAGUGCACAAAUGACGCCGCCAAGCUGAAGUGGAUUGAUAAAAUUCGGGAGGCUAAGGAUGGGCUGGAAGAGGUGGUGACGAGGCGCAGAACGAAUGACUCCGGGAAUCGAUCAAAAACUUAAAAGGCGCUCACAGACUAAAAUCAACUAUUCAUAUUUUAAAAAGUAUUUCGUUGUUGAUUAAAAUUUUGUUAUUCUGUAUUUUUCUUACAUGUACUGAUGAUGUUAUGAAAAUAAAUCUUUCGAAAAUUUA